AUCACAGCCAGACCUGAGCUGUUAUGGAGAUAGAAACAGCCAGGACAUGGCUAUCUCUGGACAUUCAGCACUAUCUGCGACUUUUGCUGACACUUUGCCUUGUGGCAAUUGUGCUGAAAAUUUCACAACUGUUCAUUAAAAAGAGGAAACUAGAGAAAAUAUUCCAGCAAUUCCCGGGACCCCCUCGACACUGGCUUCUGGGGAAUGUGGAUAAGCUCCGUCGAGAUGGGAAUGAUUUGGAUACUAUCGUCACUUGGUCAAAAACGUACGGAGGAGCCUAUCCAAUAUGGUUUUGGAACUUUAACGCAUUCUUGUUCCUCACUCAUCCGGACUAUGCCAAAGCUGUAUUUGGACGAGAAGAUCCCAAAGCGACAACUUACAGAUUUCUCAUUCCAUGGAUUGGGAAAGGUCUUUUGAUUUUGGAUGGACAGAAGUGGUUUCAGCACCGUCGCCUGCUUACCCCUGGCUUUCAUUAUGAUGUGCUUAAACCAUACACUAAACUGAUGUCUGAUUCUACGGUAGUCAUGCUGGAUAUUUGGGACAAGCUAAUCAUGAAAACGAGCCGAGUGGAACUUUUUCAGCGCGUCAGCUUGAUGACACUGGACAGUAUUUUGAAAUGUGCUUUUAGCUGCCAUAGCAACUGCCAGAAAAACAGGGACAAUGUGUACGUCAAGGCAGUGUAUGAUAUCUCCGCCAUAGUGGACUUCAGAUUCCUAUUCUUUCCAUAUCACAGCAAUCUCAUCUUCCAUCUGAGUCCCCACGGAUAUCGAUUUCGGAGAGCCUGUGCUAUAACACAUCGCCAUACAGAUAAGGUGAUACAAGAACGAAAAGAAUCCAUAAAAAAUGAAAAAGAAAUGGAAAAAAUAAAGGAGAAAAGACAUUUGGAUUUUUUGGAUAUUCUCUUGUUUGCCACGGAUGAGAAUGGUAAAGGUUUAUCCAAUGAAGACCUGCGAGCUGAAGUGGACACCUUUAUGUUUGAAGGACACGAUACAACAGCCAGCGGAAUAUCCUGGAUCCUGUAUUGUAUGGCCAAAUACCCCGAGCAUCAAGAAAAAUGCUGGGAAGAGAUCAGAGAGGUCUUAGGAGAUCGACAAUACAUGGAGUGGGAGGAUUUGGGUAAAAUCCCCUACACCACAAUGUGCAUCAAAGAGUGCCUUCGUUUGUACCCCCCAGUGCCUGGAGUAUCCCGCUUUUUAAGGAAGGAGGUCAAAUUCUUUGAUGGACGUUCUGUCCCAGCAGGGACAUUGGUUGCCCUGAAUAUUUAUGCCAUCCACCGAAAUCCUAGUGUCUGGGAGAAUCCAAAGGUUUUUAACCCGUUGAGGUUUUCUCCAGAGAAUUCUGCCAACAGACACUCGCAUGCUUUUGUACCCUUUGCCGCAGGACCCAGGAAUUGCAUUGGCCAGAAUUUUGCCAUGAAUGAGAUGAAGGUAGCUGUGAUUCUAACACUGCAGAGAUUCCAGCUGGAACCCGAUCUGGCGAAUCCACCCAUUAAAAUACCACAAUUGAUCCUUAAAUCAAAGAACGGAAUCCACGUACAUCUAAGAAAACGGCAGUGCUGAGAUCUGUUGUCUACCUACCAUAAUUGACUAAGCAACUCAGGACCUUUUCUAAUUUUAAUUUUAUGAAUGCUUUUUUUAGAUGCUACAUAAAUGGCCUUACAGUGAUAAUUCGAGACAUUUGAAUUAUGAAUUGACCUGUCCAGAAUGAUCGGUUACCACCGCUUUAGUUUCUCUUUCUCUGACCAAACCAAUAUCUUCUAGUUUUCAAGUUCACUGUAAUUGUGAUUUUCACAUCCAAACAUUUUCAUACAAGGUGUUACACUUCA